AUGAUGACGCAGCACAUCCAGCGCGCACUUGUCGUCAGCUUCGUCUUCUCGGUCUCCGAGUCUACCGCCUUGGGGAGUUUCCUGGACGAAUACACAAUGCCUACACCAGCAUCUGUGCGAGCUCUCUUACGCCAGACUCCAACGACGGCGCAUCUCGCAAACCGUGCUUUCAUAUCUGUAACCGGCUCACAAGCCCCAUCCUUCCUGCACGGUAUUCUAUCGACGGCUGUCCAUGCACCAGCACAACCUUUCUAUGCAGCCCUUCUUCAUGCGCAAGGACGUGUGCUCUAUGAUGUGAUAGUGCACACACCACCUCCAGACGCGCUGGGUGUGAAGCCUGGUCAGGAGGGCUAUCUCAUCGAGUAUGACCCGACUGUACCGCAGGCUAACCCCGAAGUGCCCGACCUGCUGUCCCUUCUGAAGAAGUUUGUACUUCGCGCCAAAGUGAAAGUGCGUGACGCGAGUGCGGAGUGGGAUGUCUGGGCGUCGUGGUGCCCCGCAGCGGGGCGUAUGCCCGAGGUGCGGCACACGCACUGGGCGCGUAGCGGUGCUGGCGAGCCGGUGUGGGAUAUGGUGGCAGAAGAGGCGGAAGGGAGCUGGCCGUGGGGCACGGCUGGAAAUGGGUUGCUAAGGGAUCGACGAGCUGUGGGCAUGGGUUCGAGGAGAGUUGUCCGCAAAGGAGAUCGACCGCAGGAAUGCUCGGAUCAUGAUCUUGGAAGUCUGGGAGACUACCUGUUGCACCGGAUAGCGCAUGGUGUGCCAGAAGGCGCUCUGGACAUCCAACCCGGUCAGGCAUUCCCUAUGGAGAGUAAUCUCGACCUUAUGGGAGGCGUGGACUUUAGGAAGGGCUGCUAUGUUGGGCAGGAGUUGACCGUGCGAACUUACCACACUGGUCUGGUCCGGAAGCGAAUAAUGCCAGUGCUUUUGCAACCAUCCGGAGAUACCGAAGCGUUGCUACCGAAACAACUAGCUUCGCAUUUGUCCAUUCGUGCAAUACCCACUGCGCAGCAUACCACAGGCGCGGGACGGAUUCCCCGUCCUCGCGGUACUGGUCGGCUGCUCUCAAACACCCAAGGAGUCGGGCUUGCUCUGUUACGGUUGGAACAUGUGCAUGGCGUUGCCACAGGUGACCUGUCGCUUGAGGUCGAGAGCGCGGUAGAGACUGGCGAGAAGAUCGGUGUUACACCGUGGACUCCCGACGGGUGGCCUACCAUGCCCGACCGCGAUACCUGGUUCAUACCUGAUCUUAUCAUGUCUGCCUUCAUCUGCGAACCUCCCAAACCUAACGAGAAGAGCGAGGUGUACCGCAUGCUGAAGCUGUGGGACGUCGACAAUGGACUAGUCACGGCUUGCGUCGAGCACAUCAGCGGCAAUAAGGACCUUCAGGCCGAGAUCAAUCAGAUGGAAAAGACUCAAGCCGACAGGCCGCCAUCCGCUACCAAGUCGCAGGACUUCUUCCGGACUAUCGACAUAUUAAACCUCAUUAUGGGUAUCAUCACAGUCAUCACCUCGAUGUCAUCAGACGACAGUCCAGCGCUUCAUGGUCAAGACGAUCUCUUCAAGGAUCCAAGCCUCCAUAUGCGUCUCUUCACGAGUUACAAGGACGAUUUCUUCGGAAUGUUUGUUCUGUUCGACUUUCCGUCUCGCACAUCAUCCGGUCCACUCAGCGCCGUACCCCGCGCCUCCGCAAAACGCGCCCUCGAACUCGGCGCCAAUCACCUUCGCAAGCGUCCGUCCCACGAUGUGUCGCUCGGCAUCGUCAUCGUUGGCAUGCAAUUCAGCGUGGCGCGCAUUGAUCGUGCGGGCGCUGCAUUCUCGCCUAUGCGCAACUUGAAGGACAAGGAGGGGUUAGAGGUCCUUGUGCGCGUAGUGAGGUCUUUGAAGCAAGAGAUCUGGGAGCUACCGAAGGAAGACUAA